UCUCACGCGUCGUCAUUACAGAUGGGGAUUUUAGUUUUUUUGAGUAUCUGAACCAUGAUUCAGAACCAGUAAUGGAACUUCAUUUCCCAUAAUGCAGCGAGACCUCCAAAGCACCCAUGCUUCUGUUUUUGUUAUUGUUGUGAGAGGUUCGUGGCACAGCUCAACUCGGCGAAUGUGUCGGUGUAAAUUACACUUGUCAUCAAUCUCAUAUAUGUUUUCUCCUAUAUGACCGAACAUCGUUUUUCAAGAGGAUAUCCUUCUCGUUUUCUAAGCUAAAUCGGGUGCAUCACUAUUCUGUUGCUAUGGAGAAGACAUUGGGGGUGGAGUUUCGAAAUGUUGGAAGUUGCUACUUUCCUCAGAGCAGAGUGGACUGCCACUACACCAUCAACCCACAGCACACAUGGGCCAGUAAUGACUGGAUUGGACUGUUUAAGGUUGGCUGGACAUCAGUCAAGGACUACCAUACAUUUGUGUGGGCAGUAGCUCCAUCCAACUACAAAGAGAGGACCUCUGUCAACUGCUGUGUUCAUUUCCAAGCUUCUUACCUACCAGGGCCUAGUGCUCAACAGUACCAGUUUGUGUAUGUGGAUGGAAGAGAAGAGGUUUGUUCUCGCAGCAUUGCCUUCACAUUCUCAGCCCCGAAGCCUCUAGAGGAGCUGGUGACUCUGGAGGAGGAGGGUCAGGGGGAUGAAGUGGGCGAGGACAUGUUGCUGGUCAUUCCCAGAGCCCAGCUGCUGCAGAGUCGUCUGCAGGAGUGUUUGAAGGAGCGUGCUGAGCUGCUCCAGGCUCUGGAAGUAGCAGACCAGAAUAUGGAGAGGGAGAAAGGCAGGAGAGAAAGAGACAGAAGCUCCUGGGAGCAGAGCCGCAAGGAGCUGGAAAGGAAGAUCGGCGAGCUGAAGGAGGAAGUGAGAGAAUAUAGGGAGAAAGUAGAGGAGAUGAAGAAGAAGCAGAAGGAAGUUGAGGAUCUAGGUGAAGCCCUGACAGAGGAGAAGAGAGCCCUGCUGGCUCAAAAAGAAGCUAAUGAGCAGCGAAUCAGAGAGCUAGAGGAGGACAUUAAAGUACUGACCCAGAGAGGCCUGGAGAGAGAGACUGACCUAGAAAGGAUGAGGGAACGGGCCAAGAAAGCAGCAGCUCAAAAGAAGGAAGAUGAGGAUGAACACAAGAACCAGAAGUUAAAGAUGGAUCAAACAGAGAAGGAGCUGCACAGUCUGUCAGCAGAGUUCCAGAGUCUGAGAAGCUCGCUGGCCCAGAGAGAUACACACGCCCUUCAGCUCCGAGACACCAUCACCACCCUCACACACAAACUCAACAGCGCACACAGGAAGGAGGCAGCCAAUGAAGUGGCUUUGAGUGAACUCCGGAGUGUUCAAGAGCGUCUGAACAUGAGUGAACGCGGUGUGGAGACUCUGAGGGGGGAGCUGAGAGACAUGGUCGCUCAGAGGGACACCGCACAUGCCGAGCUUCAUCAGGCCCGUCUGCAGGCCGCACAGCUCACACUUCAGCUGGCAGAUGCCAGUUUGACUCUGAGAGAGGGCAGGGCUAACUGGGCACAGGAGAAAGAGACCCUGCAGCAGAAUGCAGAGAUGGACAAAGUGCGUUUGGAACGUCUAAAUGAUGAGAUUCAGCAGAAGGAGGAGAUGCUGCAAGAGGCAAGGAUGGAGAGAGAGAAAGCAGUGGUGGAGCUGGGACGAGAGAAAGACUGCAAUCGGGUUCAGCUAAGCGAGACUCGCCGUGAGCUUCAGGAGCUGAAGGCCAGUCUCAGGGUGGCUCAGAAAGAAAAGGAGCAGCUGCAGACAGAAAUACAGGAAGUGAUGGAGUACAGCCGUCAGCUGGAGAGAAGGCUGGAGGUGCUGAGUGAUUCUAAAUGGAGUGAGACGGUGCUGCUGCAGAGCAGUGGUGCAGAAAGCCCACUGCUUUCUGAUUCUGAGGAUGAGAACCCAGAGGCUUUGCAGGCUGCACACUCUUCUGGUCCUCUGAACCACUAUAGUCUGUGUGAGCAGCCCCAGGCUGACCUGCUGCUCCCGGCCACCCCUCCACCUUCUCCCAGACACCCCUCGGGCAUGGACGUGGUGGUCAUCAGCCAACCUGCACCCCUCUCAUCUCCACAUCAGCCCAGUGCUCACACACAUGCUCACAGCUCUGAGUCGGAGGAAGAGUACGAGGCCGCUCUGUCAGGAAGGCACAGCUCUGGAGAGGAGACGGCUCUUCUCCUCCCUGACAACAGAGACACUACCCUCGGAGAUCUGGCAGAGACCCCCUUGUGGUGAGAAGCAGAACUGCAGGAACCAGGGGCCAGUGCAGCGUGGACUUCUUUGCACCAGUGCAACACAUGUUACGAGUUUUGUAUUUAGAAGCAUUUGCGCUUUAUAUUAUAUUGACAUGAGUAUUUAAAUAUGCAAUUUGCUUUACACUUUAUAUGCACUUAGAAUAUACAUUAGCUAUUAGACCUCUUUAUGUCGCACACGGUUUUACAGUUACUUGCACGGACGUGUUAUUUUACACAUAUCAACAGACAAGCAGAAGACAUCUGUAAUGAUCAGAUCGAGAGAAAGGUUGUAUUUGAGGCAGAGGAAGUAAAGCGUGUUUCUAUGUGUGUGUGUGUGGGGGUUGUUUUUUCACUCUUGAUUUCACUCUUGUGUUCUGUCAUUAGACUUGUACUGAUAUAAUGAUUAUCAUUAAUGUGCAUCAGCAAUAAUGUAAAGCACAAUAUCAUAGAGAUUCUUUCAGGUUUUAAAUGUAAGAUUUAGUUUGGGUGCUCUUGAUUUUGUGGGUCUUGUGAUAGAAGUGUUUUUUACUUUUUUUGUUUGAAGAAAGAUUGUGUGAAGUUCACACAUUAAAUGAUUGAUUAUGUGUAAUGGGAUACACCAGCGACUGAUGUAAGAGUAAAGAGUGGCACUUUAGAUUUUUUUUCAGGAUGUUUACUCUCAUCCAUUAUGAAGUUUAAUUAGUCACUUUUAUUGAAUUCUUUAAAUUAAAUUCCUCUAAAUGUAUAUUUGGUGCUUUAUCUUAGUUUCAUGCAUUGUAUUGAAACACUGUUUUACAAAAAUUAUGAAAUUAUUAUCUGUGUGCAAAAUGUACUAAGACAGAUUAACUACUUAAUGUUCCUCUUGAGGUUGGAGAUACAUUAGACAGUUUUUGCAGUACUGCAAGAAGGACUUUUAAUUUUAAAGCAUGAAUUGAACUGCUUUAAAUUUUCCCUCACGAAAUUCAUGGAAUCUCAUGUUUAAUUCAAUUUAAUGUGUGAUGGCUUAAUGGUGCGUCACGUGGAUCAUGUGGAGAACAUUAUUUGGCCAUGUUUAAACUUUGCUGAAGCUCAUUUCCUGAGGAAAAAUUCAUAAUUUCAAGACACCAUGAUUACAUUUUAAUUACAUUCACAGGGAGAAUAUUUUAAUGCAUAUAUUAAAAAGAUAAAUAAUUAAGGGGGGGGGGGUAUUAUGAAAAGGUAUCAUACAUUAAAAAGUACUAUUUUUUUUUCUUUUCUGUUUUAAUGUUUGAAUUAUUUUCCUGCUGGGCUCACUGUACUUGCAGAACUUUUAUUUUCUUUGGUUGAUUUGUUCUUGCUGUUUACUCUAGGGUCAAGUUUAAAUAGCUCCUAUAUGUUAUUUGCCUUUUAUACAACAUGUCAUAAUCUGUACUGACUUUAAAAGUGAUGUAACCAUUACACCUCACUGAAACAGGCUUUUGUGGUCACUCUGUAUUCAUCGGUCUACUGUAUUUGUAUUGUACGCUUGACCAGGUUUUACUAUGAUAGUUUAAAGCUGUAUUCUAGAUCGUCAUCUUAGCAUCAGGAUGUCAGAGAUUAAAAAUGGUUCUCAUUUUCAUGAGAUACACUUCACUUGAAAGAUUCCUGUUACCCACUAUACUACAGCCAGAAACCUGUUUAUGGCAGGGAAUACAGUAUGUUAAGAUUAGUCCCAAAUAACGGUUGUCCAUUUUCUUGAGAUUGAAUAAUGUCUAAGAGAUCGCAGGUCAUUUCAGUGCAAUACAAUCAAAUUAUUGGAUUUAUUAUUUGCUUUUUUUGUGCAGUUAUUCCGUCUUUUACUUAUCUAAUUUGUUUUUAGGUUAUGCCGUUCUGUUCAGGGUGCAGGAUGGGUUUCAUUAAUAAAAUAAUGUAAUGUUU